AUGCCCGCCCUCAACGCCUGUCUCAAAGUCGCCAAUAUCGCUGAAGCUUCCGGUGUGCCAUACGUCGAGAACGUGGCAAAGGUCGCCGCAAGCACCCUCAAGCUACUCGAGCAAAAGAGAAAGAAUAAGAAAGAUUCCAAGGAGCUCUGUGAGAGCAUCGCAAACACGAUCAUGGUCAUCGAUGACUUCGUUCGUAUGCACGGAGAGCUGGGAGCUUCGCAUUUUAAGGAUAUCUGCGCUGAGAUGGAAGGGUACCUCCAAAAAAUGGCUGAAGAUUUGAAGGAUACCAAGCGCAAACAUCGUGGCAUUAAAGGCGUGUUUAGCGUCGAUGAUUUCCGAGACGCUAUCCAGGCUUACAGGAGGCGCGUUGACGACCUGAAAACGGACUUUAUCAUUCAUUCAGUGGGUGACUGCCGUUUGGAGGUCACACAGAUCAUGCAUUCUGUGGGUGACUGCCGUUUGGAGGUCGCGCAGAUGCACAGCCUGUUGAAGGAUGCGAUGGCCAAGGCUGUGGUGGGUCACUCGGAGGAGUUGGUUUUCCGGAUCCCGAAGAAGCCUGUUGCAAUCACCGCUUUUUUUUUUUUACCCCUGAUUAAUGCGGAAGCGCCUUACUGUGUUUUUGAUCUCUGAUGCCGCAGAAGUCUUCCAUUUAACAGCCCUACGGUUCCAAUAUAUAUUUAAUUCAUUCUCACAGUUACAAUCAAAGCUCAAUACCUACGCUGAAUAUACCUGGUUCCUAAUAGAGAGGCCUUUGCUAUAUUUGGUCCUUACUUGUUAGUACCACGCCGCCUAAUUUUGACUAUAUUCCAUCGAUAUCUGCCCCAGGCCAAUCUGGUUCUACUGGCAGCUGAACACCGUG